AUGGUGCAGCACAUUGCCCGAGAGGCCGGCCUGCAGGCCUUCAUCGACGCCUUGGAGAAGGACGGCUGCGUCGUGAUUCGGGACUUUACCGACUCCGAGUCGCUGGAUCAGUCCGUCAGGGAGGUGCAGCCCUACCUUGACGAGUCGGCGGCGGCGUCGGCCAAGAGCACGACGGGCGCGCUCAACGGCGGCACGGCCACGUGCACGCGGCUCGUCGGUCGCAGCAAGACGGUGCGCGAGAAGUUCUUCUCGGACAAGCUAUAUCAGGAUCUGGGCGACUACUUCCUGGGGCUGGACACGACCAUCUACAUGGGCGGGGAGCCGGUGGUGUACCGGUCCGACCCGCUCCUGUCCAUCUCCAUCACCAUGUCGUCGCAGCCCGGGUGCAAGCCGCAGCUGCUGCACCGGGACGACAAGAACCACCACGCGCGGCACGCGGCGGCCGCGUCGUACAGCCGCGGACGCGACAUGCUGCUGGGGCUCUUCGUGCCGACGUGCGACACGUUCCGGGCCAACGGGGCGACGCGCAUCGUCCCCGGAUCGCACCUCUGGGGCGACGACCGGCCAGACUUUGGCCCCGACGGCACCGCCGGCGUCGUCGACGCCGAGCUCAAGCGCGGAGAGGCCUUUGUCAUGCUGGGCAGCCUCUAUCACGGGGCGGGGGAGUACUCGAUGCCGACGGGAUGCCGCACCGUCCACAUCAUGUUCAUGUGCGACGGUGUCCACCGCCAGGAGGAGAUCCCGUUCCUCAGCUACCCCGUUGACCAUGUCAGGACGUACUCCAAGCUGGUGCAGGAUCGGCUGGGUUGGAAGCAGUCGGAACCUAACCUUGGCUGGGUGGACCUCAAGUCGCCCGAGUUCCUACUUGCAUGA